CCUAAGUAAAAAGUUUAAUAUGCCUUGAUAUUCAUAUUAAUAAGUUUAUUUGCUUUAAAUUGAAAUAUAACCAAAAUGAAAUAGCAUUCAGAAGUGAUUUAUCUACAUACUUUUGACGAAGUUAUCUCUGUAGGACAAACUUUAUCUACAAAAAUAAUCUACCCUCGAAAGACUAGAUCCGGUUUAUUUUUUACGAUCAUUGUUAUUGAUUAAAAUUUCGUCUAAUACGUCGCGUUAAAAUGUCUCUUUUAAUUUAUAUGAAUCCUUUUCGUUUAUUUCGUGAAUACGUACGUACUCCGAUAGAAGUAUUUGUUGCUAAACAAUAUUUAGGAUAUAAGAAGAAGACCGACGAGGGUAUAAACAGUGCAAGAGCAUUGCUAUAUAAAGUCGGAGUUAUAUCAAUUUUUCUCAGUGCGAUAUUGUGGAUCUCUGUGUUCAUGUAUGUGGUAUUUUACUACACAUACAUGCCAAAUGUAACCCACGUUAGGCCGGUUCAUCUUCAGUUUAAGUCAUGCGAUGAGAACAUGGGUGUAUGUUCAUUUUUAUCUGCACACGUCCAGCUUACAAGACGGAGCCAUAUGUUAAUGCCAGCGCAGCCUUACAGGGUCAAAGUUAUACUGGAAAUGCCAGAAUCUCAGAUUAAUAAAGAUUUAGGUAUGUUCAUGGUUUGUGCACAGAUGAGGGCUAAAGGUGGUGUCCUUGUUUCUUCAUCAUGUAGAUCAGCAAUGUUAAGGCACAGAUCCAGGCUGCACCAGGUGAUGCGUACGUUCGCUUUCUCGCCGUUCCUGCUGUCUGGUGUUAAUGAAGAGAAGCAGCUACUACAGGUGGAGCUGUUCAGCGACUUUGAAGAUGAUCAGAGUCUGCCUGUAACCGACGCAUACGUGGAGGUACAAUCGCGGCACGCACAAGUGUAUUCGUGCGAACUUCAUAUACAAGCGCACUUCGCCGGCCUGCGCUACUUCAUGUUCAAUUGGCCAAAGUUAUCCGCUCUCAUUGGUAUCAGCACCAAUCUUUUCUUUGUAACGCUGAUCUUCAUAUUGAGCUGGUAUCACCUACAAGAUGGACUGCCUGAUUUUGUUAAGGUAUGAUUCAAUAUCCAUUUUUACUUCACCAGUAGAUUUCUUUAAUAUCUCCUAAGAAUGCUUUAAUAUCUCCUAGUAACCUACCUCUCUAUGGUGCAUUGGUUAGGACGUUCGGUCUGCAAUGCGCAGGU